GUUCUACCUAUGAUUCUCUCUUUCUGUUUUCGAUUACGUUCGUCUUCCUUUGGUCGAAUAAAAUCCUUUUUUAUUUCAAAAUAUCGGAAGGAAUCAAUAAAUGGAGGAGAAGAUAGAAUACCCUAAAAUUCUACAUGAAGAUUACCAGUCUAAGCUCUUCUCGGACCCGGAUCUGGUAAAAGUGGAGGAAUAUAGAGAAGAAAGCAAUCCGAUCAAUAAAAAUGUUGUGCAAGAUGGAAAGCAGCUUAAAAGAUCUAAGGGUGCAGUAGAUCCUAUCGUUAGCAGGCGCAAUGACAUGGCAAUUGUUUCAGGCCUUGGAAACCAGAAACAAGGAAAAGUAUUUUACUAUGAUACCCCAGUUUCCGAAGAAACUGGAGUUUGGGCACCUGUGUCUGUUCCUCCUAUGACUGAAAAUAAACAUGAAGAAUGGGAUAGAGGCCUCUUUCUGAAUGGAGGGCACUUUCCUGAUGAUGGUUUAGGCUCGAAUCAGUUUACAGGAGACAGUAAGGAUCUGACCAUGUGGGAUGUGUUCAGUGAGAUGUUAAUAGCUGCUCGAGGCAAAGUGAGUGCUAUUGCUUCAGGUGACGAUCAAAGACGCGGGAUCGCUUGGUUAUCCAACCAUCUUCUUGAACAAACUUGGAACGAGAUGGCUCAAACACUUGCAGAGGCUAAUUUUGGUAACUUCAAUGAAAUACUUGAAGCAGAGCUGCCGAAAUGGUUGGCUGACAGUGCUGCUUCCGCUUGCAUGCUAUGUAACGUGCGGUUCCAUCCUAUCAUGCGCUCCCGUCAUCAUUGCCGUUUUUGCGGUGGGAUAUUCUGCAACGAAUGUUCCAAGGGGCGGAGCCUGUUACCAAUGAAAUUCUGCAUGGGGAACCCACAAAGAGUAUGUGAUGUUUGUUGUGUGCGGCUUGAGCCCGUCCAGCCAUACUUGAUGGACCGGGUAAGUCGUGCUGCUCAGUUGCCAACCCAUGAUCUGACAGACCUCAGUACGUUAAGAUCUUGGCUUAAUUUGCCUUGGGUACAAUCAAUGGAACAUGAGAUUUAUAAGGCUGCAAAUACUAUUAACAAUUACACAAAGGUUGGGUCCUUGAAACCUGAGAAGUCCAUACCAGAUGCUAUUUUGAGACAAGCAAAAGGCCUUGCAAUUCUUACUGUUGCAAAGGUUGGGGUUAUAGUGACAUACAAUAUUGGAACGGGACUGAUUGUUGCUCGUAGAGAUGAUGGAUCUUGGUCUCCACCAUCAGCAAUAACUUCCUUUGGUGUUGGCUGGGGAGUUCAGGCUGGAGGUGAAUUUACGGAUUUCAUUAUUGUACUGAGAAAUGAAAGUGCUGUUGCAACAUUUAGUGGAAACAUGCAUUUAUCAGUUGGAGCAGGUUUGAGUGCAGCUGUUGGCAUUAUUGGGCGAGCUGCUGAAGCCGACAUUCGUGGGGGCUCCGGAGGUUAUGCUGCUUGUUAUACAUACAGCUGUAGUAAAGGUGCAUUUGUGGGGUGUUCACUUGAAGGAAGUGUAGUGACAACUCGAAACCAAGAAAACCGUAGAUUUUAUGGUAAUCCAUCUAUCACUGCAUCAGAUAUUCUGCUCGGUUCGUUGCCUAUGCCUCCAGCUGCGUCCACUCUUCAUCAAGCUCUCUUGAAUCUAUUUGAAAAGCUCGAGAGGUGAUUGGUUCUUUGGUUCAUUUAAAAUAUUCUACGUUUUCGUCAUGAUAAUUUACCGGAGGAAGGUGCCUCGUAUCCAUAUGUAUAUUCUUCUCCUCCUAUAUAAUGAACUUAAACAUGCAUUCUCUCGU